AUGUGCAUUCUGACCGUAUCGACAACGUCUAAAAACUUCUCAUCAACACGUUCGUUUGAAACACCUUCAAUGCAUUCUCCAAGAGACAAUUUAUCAAUUGAUGAUCAACAAGAUUUGUCAUCGGAUGCUGAUAAUAUUAAACCCAAUGUUCGAACCAAUACUCCUUCAAGUACAACUGGAAAUCGUUCCGAUGCUGAUUCACCUUUUCGUAGUUAUGCUUUGAUCGAAACUGAUCCGAACGAACUCGAUCGUAUUAUCGACGUUCUUCGACAAUUUUUUCCAAAUACACGUAUCGUCGAGUGUAAUAACUCGUCAUCAACUCCAAGUCGAACACCAAGUCGAUCGUCCUCAUUAGCCGCACCUCAACAACAAGCAUCCAUUGAAUCAAAUAGUAGUCUACGUGUUCCAACAUCCACAGCUAAUCGCUAUCGUUCGCAUAGUCAAAGCAUAUCGGAGAAAUCUUCGUUUGAAAGUGAUCAUUUACAAAUUCCAACCAUCGUCAGUACAGAUACAAAUGAUUCAUCAACAUUCAACGCAAAUUCUCAAUUAUUCAAAGGUAAAGUCAAAGAUUAUCUACAACGACGUUAUCUAGAACAAAUUAAUGAACAUCAAACACGAAAGGAUACAUUUAUGAAAUGUCGUAGCGACGAUUUGAACUAUCGUCGUCUGAAACGCGAUUCACCCGCUGAACUUGUUCAAAGUUUCGAACACAUAUCGAAACCCGAACAUCAUCUUUACACUCACACAGGUCUGAACUCAUCGGCAAUGUCAACAACAAUCAAAGCACAUUCAUUCGAUUCUUCAGCAAUGUUACUUCAACACUCCGUUUCGGAUACGAAUCUAUGCUAUGCAUCAAGUGCAACUGAUACAAGCUUUCCUGCCUCACAAAACGGAACGAUUGUUCGAUCACAGAGUAAACGUCGUUUAUUACAACGCGGUGCAACUAUCGACAUGGAAGAUUCGCCCGCACUGAAUGUCGAAGACGAACAAAUGACCUCACCGCCCACAUCCCCAAUUACAAAUGAAAAAAGUGAAGCAGGAAAGAUUACAUUCAGCAUUGAACAUCCCGAAGACGAUAAUAACAACAAUAACAGUAAUAAUGGUGAUGAUAAUAACACUUCUAAUGAGCAUGAAAGUACCCAAAGAAAAUCUCUUACGAUUCCUACUCCUGUUCAUCAUCCAAGAAAAUCUCGUCCAUUUCGACAUUCAUAUUCCGAUCAGCAAACAACCGAUGAUCAGAACGCAAACAGUCCCAAUGCAAAUUUUCUUGUUCCGUAUCGACAUUCGUUCGAUCAUCAACACAAUCGACGAAUGAUGCCUACGACAGCAAUAACACCUUUGCCAUUCAAUAGUGGAAUGUCAACGCCACUUGCACCUCAUUCAGCAGUCAGCGACCCAGGUCCAUAUCAUACCUUAUGGUCCCAUACACCACCGAAUGCUUACGGUUUAGCAAAUUUUCAUUUUCCGAAAAGUCAGGACCAUCUUGUCACCAGUGCACAAGGAAGUAUUGCACAAUUAUCGACAUUAACAAAGAUUUUAUGCAACGAACCAAGCGUUUUCACUCCUAUAACUCCACGAUUUAAAGCUGAAUCACAAGAACCCAAUAGUAUGAACACAGUGCCACAAUGUCAGAUUUGUCGUCAACAAUUCGAUUCUCGACAAACAUACUUAGCUCAUUAUCGUACACAUCUGGAAAAUUCGAAUGAAGACGACAAAUUAGGUCUAUUCGAUUACAAUAAUGCCGACAACAAUUCUGAACGUUCAGGUGAAUCGCGUAAUUACUCAUGUAAAAUAUGUUUAAAACGUUUCUCUCGGAGUGAUAUGUUAAACCGACAUUUACGUUUACAUUCUGGUAUACGUCCAUAUCGCUGUGCAAUGUGUAACACACAUUUCUCACGUAGUGAUCAUCUUUCUACACACUUACGGACACAUACGGGUGAGAAACCUUACACCUGUCCUGAAUGCUCGUACGCUGCUUGCCGACGGGAUAUGAUUACUCGACAUUUGAAAGUACAUUCAAAACAACGAUCAGAAAGAAAAAAUGCCACAUCAAGUCUGGGUUCAAGUAAUGAAUCUUAA